AUGCCGCCGGACACUGCCACAAACCUGGACGCCACUGCCGACACAAACACCGAAUCUCUUCCCGCCGUCCCAUCCACAAAUUACCUGUGCACAUCCUGUCAAAUCUCAUUUGGGACUAGCCAGGAACAGCGUACACACAUGAAAGAACCAUGGCACGUUUACAACAUAAAACGGCGCAUGGAAUCAUUACCACCGAUUUCUCAGAAUAUCUUUGAAACACAGAUCGAGAAAAAAGCCGACAGGAACAGCAGAAAUAGUAGUAAAAGCAGAAGUAGGAGCCGAAGUGGCAGCGAAGAAGAAGAAGGAGAAGGAGAAGGAAAUGAAGGGGACAUCUCAGACAAUGAAAGCGAGGAAAUUGCAUCACCUUUCGAUUGUCUCUUCUGCAACCAGACCUUUUUUACCGAAGACGACCAAAACGCCGAUGAAGCAUUUGCAGCCAACCUUGAACAUAUGCGUACAGCACAUGGAAUGUCCAUUCCAGAUCCCGAAAUGGUAGUGGACAUCCAAAGUCUCGUUAGCUACCUAGCCACCGAGGUGAGAGUAUGGCACGAAUGUCUUUACUGUGGUGCUACAAAGCCUUCAACAAUGAGCGUCCAAAGUCAUAUGAAGGAUAAAGGCCACUGUCGUCUAAAUUUCGAUAGAGAACCGGAGCUACUGGAAUUCUGGGAGAACCAGCGAUUCGUCGAAGAAGACGGUGCUGCGGAAUUAGAGCAAGAGCCCUCGACAAAUAAGGCUUCCACAGAGAUGAGAGUGGCUUCUGGAAAGCUUAUCGGUACGAAAGAGGCUGCGACGGCAUCUAAAAAGGCAUCUAGGAAGCGAGCUCUUGCGGCAGCGGCAGAGAUGAGAGCUUUACCACCGAGUUCGGGCUCCGAAGGGGUGGAAGUACCACCAGAACAGCUGUUUGAGAGGCCGCAGUUGUCAACCGGGCGGCAACUGGCUCGUCGUGAUGAGAUGAGUUUGAUUGGUCUUUCUGUACAACAACGGCAGGCAUUAUUGUCGGCUGAGAAGAAGGCGCAGAGGAGCGAGGCAAUGGCGAGGAGGGCAAGGGAAUGGGUUUAUGCAAAAGGAGCGAAUUCGCAGAAGUUCGAUCAGCUGGAUAAUCAGAUGAAGUUUGGGAAGCAGAAUCAUAAACUGCUUCCUAGGUAG